AUGAUCGGAAGCUCGACACAAUGGCGCCCUCUAGCUCUUCUCGUCUUGGGCCUGGCGAUACUCUUGACUAGUGGCGUAGAUGCUCGGUCACCGCACCCGCCUCCCCUUCGCCGAAUCACAACCACAUCAGCACACCUCUCUAUCCUCCCUCGUAAACCCCCACCACCAUCGAAGAAGAAUGGCUACCUAUCGCCUCGAUUCUCGACGCCCCUGCCGCCACCUCCCCCCACCCUUAAACACUCUGAUAGUCUCAUACUAUCGCUAGAUCUGCCAGAUUUGCUACCUUUCGAGGUCAAGAUGCUCGUCCACCCCUCCGAGUACCUAUUCCACCCAGAAGCCAAGGUGUCUUACGGGCAGAGCUCUUUCGGGUCAGAACGGUUACGGCAAGAAGACUGGCGGAUGUAUACCGGCUCGGUGAUCGCUCCCUACUACGUCGACCGCCUCACCGCCCUCCACUCCAUAUCAGCCAACCUCCCCGAGUCCGAAAAACAAAACAUCCUCGGCCGCGCGAGCGUCAUGGUCCACCACUCUGGUGACUUGUCGGGCCACGGCGCCGUCUGGGAGGGGAGCUUUGAAGUACUCGGGCAGAUGUACAAUGUCAUGACGAGGGACAAGUACGAUCGGAUAAAGACGACGGAGGAUGUGGCGGUCGAGGGGAUGGGGGAGAUGGUCGUUUUCAGGCAGAGCGAUAUGCGUCAUGAUAAUGCGACGUCCUCUUCCUGCUCGCACGACAAUCUUCAUUUCAACGAUCCCCACCACAAUCCUCUUUUCCGACCGUCUUCCCCUCUCACCCCGCCGUCGCUGUUCGCACCUCUUCUCGACAGUCUCUGGAAGCGCGACGACACAGCCGGAGGCAUGGACGUCUCUACAAACUAUAUCGAUUCCAUCAACUCCACAUCUGGCUGUCCCAAUACCCAACAGAUCGUCUACAUGGGCGUCGCCCUCGACUGCACCUACAUUGCCUCUUACGGCUCUACCGACGCUGCCCGUACUCAGGUCCUGAACGACUGGAACCAAGUUUCUGCGUUGUACAAGCAGACUUUCAACAUCUCCAUCGGUAUUAUCGAGCUGCAAGUGCAGAAUCUGACGUGCCCGACGACGGCGGUGAAUGGGGAAGAGUGGAAUGUGGGCUGUUCGAAUGAUGUGACACUGGAUGAGAGGUUGAGUCGGUUUAGUGCUUGGAGAGGGAAUAAGGGAGACGAUGGGGCGGGGUUGUGGCAUUUGAUGAGCGCUUGUCCUACUGAUUCCGAAGUUGGGGUUGCUUGGCUCGGUACGUUGUGUCAGACAGACAGCUCGACGCAAAGCGGGCAAACGGUAUCGGGUACUGGUAUAAGUACAGCUACCACGACUGAAUGGAGUCUUAUCUCCCACGAGAUCGGUCACGGUUUCGGCGCUAUCCACGACUGUACAUCUGGUUGCUCCCUCUCCGGGUCAUGCUGCCCCCUCUCCAGAUCCACCUGCGACGCCAACAGUCAAUUCAUCAUGAACCCCACCACUUCAUCCUCCGAAACAACAUUUUCCGGUUGUACCCUCGGCAACAUCUGCACCAACAUUGGUAACCGCCAAGUGUCGACGAGCUGUAUCCAGAACCCGGGAGUCAGGAGCGUGAUCAGUCUGCAGCAAUGUGGUAAUGGUAUAGUGGAGGAUGGGGAGGAUUGUGAUCCUGGAGGAAACACGACGAGUGCUUGUUGCGAUUCUUCCACUUGCAGAUUCAUCUCCAACGCCAGAUGCGACCCCUCCAACUCUGCAUGCUGCACCUCCUCCUGCCAAUACGCCGCCGCCAACACCACCUGCCGCGCCGCCGUCGACCCCACAUGCGACUUUGCCGAAACAUGCCCUGGCGACUCUGCCGAUUGCCCGGAAGACACGACGGCGGACGAUGGAACAUCUUGUGGUUCGAAUGGGCUUGCGUGUGCUGGGGGUGUGUGUACGAGUUUGAAUCAGCAGUGUGCGAGUGCGGGGGGGAAUAUGGGGCUGACGACUGCUUGUCGGCAGAGGGAUGAUACGAGCUGUGUUGUUAGCUGUCAAGAUCCCAAUUCCACGAACCAAUGUGUGGUGCUCCAAACGCCUCUUAUCGACGGUUCCUCAUGCGGCUACGCCGGCCACUGCUACAACUCCACCUGCGAAGAAGGGUCAUGGCAAGAUACCGCCGCUGCGUGGUACAGACAAAACCUCCAAAUCUCCAUCCCCGUCACCAUCGUCGCGGGCCUAAUUUUCUUGGCUUUGGUGGUUGCCAUCUGCAGAUGUAUAGCCAGAGGAUGUACGGGGAACAGAGGAGCAGCGGGGAAAAAGUACAAGGGGCAGCAAGUUCCGACUAUGGCACAGUACCCGCCGCCUCCGGCUCCGGCUGGUAGGAUGAAUGGUGCUGGUGUUGGUGCGGGGUAUGGACAGCAGCAAUGGUAA